AUGAAUAUUGAUAUUGUAUCUAGCAUCCAUGGAGGAAUAUUAUUAAAUAUAAAUAAUUUCAUAUAUAAAAAAAACAAAGAUUUAUUACGUAAAACUGACGGCAAACACGUAUUUUAUUGGAUUUGUGUUAAUAAAUGUGGUGCAAAAAUUCGAACUGUGGAGACAAAUGAAAAAAAACAUGAACUAGAUAAAAAUUCAACGUUUUUUCCGGAUCAACACUGUCAUGCUCCCGAUCCUAUAGGCUUGGAAAUCUAUCAGAAAUCUAUUAACGAGUGUUCGACAAUUGUUGCUUCCCAUGUGAGUAAGAAUUCAGUUCAACAAUUAGUAAAACGUCAAAGACGCAAUGUAGAAAUCUACAAAGAACCAAAAUCCAUUGAUGAAAUAUGCCUAGCCCCAACAAUGUGUCAAACACUAAAAGAUGGAACAUUCAAGGCUUGCCCUCAAAUUUUCGAACAAAUGUAUGUUAUUCACGGAUCAAUUAAACGCGGAACCGAUGAAAUUUUCGUACCAUUAGUAUUUGCUCUGAUGAAUGGUAAAAGUGAAGAGCUAUAUAAUCAAGUAUUUUUUUUAUUAAAUGAAUUUUGCCUCGAAAACAAUAUUAAUAUUACACAAACUAAUGACUUGGAAAUAAUAACAGACUUUGAAAAAGCGGCCAUAAAUUCUUUAACUGAAAAUUUUCCCCAAGCAACUCAUUCAACAUGUUUUUUCCAUUUAUGCCAGAUUAUUUAUAGAAAAAUUCAAAAUAUUGGGUUAUCGACGAAAUAUGCAAAUGAUCCUGAGUUCAAUCUUCUUGCUAGACAUUUACCUGCGAUGGCCUUUUUACCAGUUGAUAGGGUUCAGGAAGGUUGGGCCAUAAUCAAACCAUUAUUUGGGAGCAAUGAAGAAGAACAAAGUCUAUUAAAGUAUUUUGAACAUUCAUACAUAAUAGGUAGACAAGUUAUGAAAACAAGAGGAAGACCAAGAAGAGAAUCAGUUUACACACCACCACUUUUCCCUCCAGAAUUAUGGUCUGUAGCUGAAAGGUUAUCAACAGGAUUGCCCAGGACGACAAAUACGGCAGAAUCCUGGCAUAGAAAAUUAAAUAGAUUAAUAUCGCCACAUCCAGGACUGUAUAAAUUAAUCAAAACCUUACAAUCUACUCAGAACGAAACUGAAGCAGUAAUUGAGAUGUUACUUUAUGGACGUAGUAAUAAAAAAAUGAAAAUUCAAGUGCAAUCCCACAAUAUACGCUUAAAAGAAGUGCAACAAAGAUUAUUAGCUGAUCCGGGUUAUGAUUUAUUAGAGUAUUUAAGAGGAAUAGCUCAAAACGCAGUGACAACCCCCACCCCAUCACUGGGUUCUUCAAACACUGGAUUUCGGGACAUAGCAUCGCAUACUUGA